GUAGAACCAUCGUUACGGCGUAGACGCGCUACGCGUCGCGACCGGGUGCAAACUUAGUUCGUUCGUGUAUUUGGGCCACAGCCAUGAAGACUGGCUACCGCAACCUGCUGGCGAUGACGGUGAUGUGCCUGAUGAUGGGCGCCGCCGCCAAUCCGGCCCGGAGGUCGCAGGACAUCGAGGCCAGGCGUCGGAGUGCGGUGGACCGGAGUCUGAUCAGGUUCGGCAGAUCGUACCCGGCAGAACCAUCCGCGGCAGACAUCCGAGAGCUACUGCAACGUCCCGUACGACGAGGCACCAGCUUCCUACGCCUCGGCAGAUCUCAACCCUUAACCAUGAAUUCUGACGACCUUAUAUCCCUCUUAAGGUCUUACGAGGAAUACGAAGAACCAGCCAAGAGGGGAACCACCUUCAUGAGACUCGGAAGAAGCCCGCAGUUCAUGAGGCUGGGCAGGUCUGGUGAGAAGCCUGAAGAAACUGGUGUGUACCAUGAAAGGAAAAGCAGGGCUCGAGACCAGUUCUUGAGGCUUGGGAGGGACAGCGAGGAAUUUAACGAGGUUGAUGAGGAAGAUGAGGAGAGCAGAAAGAAGAGGGACGCAUGCCAAGAGUGUCAGGCGUAAUCGUGUUGUGGUUCAUGGCUUGAGAUUUCUUGCACUAAUUGUUUUACAUUUUAAUUUUCUUAAUCUGAAAUAGGUAAUGGAGUAAAAAAAUAAGGUAACUUAAAAUAAAUUAUGGGUCCAUUCUGCUGGUCCAUUAUCUGCAAUUUACAUACCUAGUUUUUUAUGUACGAAUAAAUAUUUAAAUGUAAAAAUGACUUGGCUACACCUACCAAAUGAGCCCAAUUUUAAAUUAUUAUUACUUACCGUUCUAUCGUCUGUUCUGUAAAAUUUGUGCUACUGUAAGAUUUUGCGUGAAAUUUCAAGCCAUCAUGUCUCUUACCAACAUCCUAAUGGUUGUCUAAGAAAAUGAAUUUCCCUGGCUAUUCGAUGUUUUAAGACGCUAUGGUGCAUUGAUGUAACAAAUUUUGAAAACCUAAUACGUAUUUUUAAACAAUUAAACACUAUUUACAUGUAACUAUGAUAUUAUUGUAUAUUUAGGUUAACGUUUCUAAAAUAGAUACCUAAAGGUAGUUUUUGUGAUCUCAACUUUGCAUUUGAAAAUUUAUAAAGUACCUAAAGCAUAAUGCGCUUAUAUAUUAUAUAUUAAAUUCUUUAUAACUAUACUUACCCGCAGUAUUACAUUGUAUUCGUAUUCUUUCUAAAAUAAAUAUACAAUGUGUAUUUUUGAUAUAACUGCAAACUUAAACUAGACGUAGGUUUUAGUGCAAUAAAAAAAUUCUGAUAGAUUUUUUAAUUUAGCAUUUUUGAAAACUUUUGGAGCGGCAGUGUAUUUCGUAUAUUAUAGUCGUUUUGAGAGUUGUGACGUCGCGACAUUAAAUGCCACGUUUUGAGUUAAAACAAAGUAGUGGUACAUUGCUUACUGAAUUAUUUUAUAUGGAAAAAAAAGUCGUCUGUUAUUUUAUAAAACCUAUGAAAGUGUGUCCAUUAAAGCGUAAACUACCGGUUAUGCGGUUUUAUUAAAAAUACAUGCUUUAUAUUUGCUAUGAAAUAAAUCUCUCUUAUUUGAAACUAUAUUUGCAACAGUAUAAUUACUAAUUUAACUGAAAAACGAGCAUUUCAGAAAAGUGUUGAUUACGUUUCUUAUAUUUUUAACACUUCUGAUAAAGCUAAGAGGCCGAUAAUUGGCGUGAUAACAUUUGAUGACUUAGUUGUAAAUUUAACGGUAUAUGUAUGUAUAAUACAGAUUUCUGCAGUUUAUUAAGGUAACUGUCAUACAUUUCACGUUCCCGACAAAGUAUACCUUUUGUGAAAGCCCCAAAACAUGGAUUAAGCAAUUUUUAAAUAUAGACUGUUAUAAUGUUUUUAGUAUCUGAAAGUAUCUAAAACUAAAAAUAAGGCUGGGCAAAUUUUAGUUCUAGAUAUUUUCCCAAUAGAUUAACUUAUAAAUACUAAAUGUAUAAUUCAAAACAAGAAUGUUAAUUACUUAGAUAAUGAACAAAAUGCAGACUUUAUUAUAUGAUUAAUUGUUGUAAAACUAAAUAAAUGCAAUGAAAGUGUAAAGUAA